ACACGGUCUGUUUGGGAAGUGUGGAGGAGUGAAUUAGAAACAGCUUUUGAUGCAGUAGUUUGAUGCCAAGGGCGCUGAUCUGCUCAUUAGUCUGGCUGUGGGUUUGCUUUGACUUAGUUGAGUGGUGUUGGAUUAUUCAGCUUCCUUGAUUGUGGGCCUUGUAUUUACCUGCUUUGUAAGGGAAAGUGGCUUGGCUGCCGACUGGGAGUUACUGUCUCCACUGCUCCGCCCCGCCUGGGUUUGAUUCCCGUUUGUGAAAUGUUUUGUUUUUGUGUCUGAAACAGGAGCCAAUCCGCUGUGAGAAAGACAGCUCGAUCGUGAGAGAUAUACAAGUUUAGUGCGAUUCUGUGUGUGUAUAUAUACAGUUAAGCCCAGCUAUAUGCUGUAAAGACAAUGUACUGCAUUUAAUGAUGGGAAAUUGCUUAAAAUCUCCCACAACCGAUGACAUUUCUUUGCUGCACGAAUCCCAGUCAGACCGGGCGAGUUUUGGGGAUGGCACCAAUCUGGAUCAGGAGCCACCGCCGCCAUAUCAGGAGCAACCCCAGAUCCCAGUGUAUCAUCCAACCCCUGGCCAGACUCGAUUAGCAACCCAACUAACAGAAGAAGAACAAAUUAGGAUCGCUCAAAGAAUAGGUCUUAUUCAGCAUUUGCCAAAAGGAGUAUAUGACCCUGGAAAAGAUGGAGCCGAGAAGAAGAUAAGAGAAUGUGUUAUCUGUAUGAUGGACUUUGUUUAUGGUGAUCCCGUGCGGUUCCUACCAUGCAUGCAUAUUUAUCAUCUGGACUGCAUUGACAGCUGGUUACUUAGAUCUUUCACAUGUCCCUCCUGCAUGGAACCUGUUGACGCAGCACUGCUGUCAUCUUACGAAACUAACUGACUGUGGAACUUUGCAGCCAACUAGUUAUUACUAGUUCCUGUCUCUGUAACUGAGCCCAGUGAGCCUGCAGUUUGGGUGUAGAAGUCUGACUUUGUGAUAUAUUGGGCUACCAGGGAAAAGAAAUGUUCAGCUGUUGAGUGGUUACAGAAUUUAGUUUCCUGUGUUGAAUGACUGGAACUAAAGGCAUAAUACCUUUAUAAAGUCGCGAGCCAGCUGGAUAUGCACAUAAAAGGAUAUUUACAAAUCUCUGUAAAAGGCGAUUAAUUUUCCCAUUUAGUCUUAAACUGAAAGUGUGGUACAGUACUCUGCUUUCUGUCAUUAAACUGUACUUUAUUAUGCUAAUAUAUUUUAAAUCAUGAAACCUUGGACUAGCGUGAGUUGUCAGUGAGCACAAGCAUAAAAAUGUUUGCAUCAUGUGCGUAUGAAUUCAUUAAAAGACUUUUAGUAGAAUAACUGAAAUCAGCCAUUGGUGUGCUAAUGCACUGGCAGCCCUUGAUUUUAAGUAAAAUUAAAAGACUGUGAAAUUGGUCAAGUGGCUACUAACACUUAAUGUGCACUACAGGAAAAUUUAUUGAAAUCCUCAAGCCAAGUUCACCAACUGCUAGAUGCCUUUGUAUGAAUAUAAUUUUUUAAAGGCUGGAAAUAUAGCACAAAACUGCAUAUUUCAUAAGUACAUUUAUGAUGCUGAAGAUACUUUGCUGAAAGACAUUCCUGAAUUUGUCAAUGCAAGUAACAACUUUUUGGGCAGUUUUAGAUCUCGCUGUCCAGCUGCCUAAUGCCUUUGAAAACAGGUACUGAUGAAUUUGAUUACCAAGGCAAUGCAGUAGAGUAAGAUACUAGUUUUGCGGAAGCUUACAGACAUAUAUGCAAACACGUGCAAGCACGUGCACACACACCCCUUCUAUAACAAUAACUCAGCUGUUAUCACUUGUUACCACUGAAGUCCUGUAAGAUAGAUCAGGAACUAUCAUGAACUCACAGAGUAACUCUGACAUGAGUUGUUAAAACUUGACAAGACUACAGGUUUAACCUUUGGACAUGCCAAUACUGAAAGGUUAGCCUGUUACUAUAGUAUAGAGAAUAGUUUCUACAAGAAACUAAUGUAUGUUACAUAUUGGUCUGGCGAUUAGGCAUUUGGAUAAGGGCUUUAUCAAAAGUCACAUUUCACAGUACUUGCUCAAAGAAGUAAAACUGUAAACUUGUUUGCACAUUUUACACCGAGAAUGGAACCUAUUGCCUUAGGUGUUUUGAAAAUGAUGUACUUUUACUGUCAUGAUCAACCUGUUCUGAUAAAGAAACAUACUUGCACUCUGCAGUCCUAAGUCUUAAUUGAUAUUAGAUGUGGAAGCUUUUGUUUUGUGAUGCAUUUAUCCUUUUUAUUAAUAUAAAAGGAUUAUAAUUAGGCACAUAAAAUAACUGCAUGUACGAAUUUAAACCAAACCAGACAGAGUGUCUGUGUGCGCGUGUGUUUGUGUUUGGACAUAAAACAAACUCUUGGCAUAUUUAGAAUGAAUGGCUCAAACCAUACACUGUUGUAUUAAUUUUAAACAUAACCUUUUAAAUCUGGGCUUUACCAUUUGAGCAUCUACAAUAAAGUAUAACUUGCAAGCUG